UCUCUUCCCCUUGGACUCCAUUGCUUCCACUCUUGCGUCUCCAUCAUGUCUCAAGAACCGCAAGCCAUGUACGCGACCGACGAGUACGGUCGGCCGUUCAUCAUCCUGCGCGAGCAGGCCAGGAAGACGAGGAGCCAUGGCACAGAAGCAAUUAAAUCACAUAUUCUUGCUGCGCGCACGGUCGCGAACAUCAUCCGCACGUCUCUUGGCCCUCGAGGCCUCGACAAGAUCCUCAUCUCCCCCGAUGGCGACAUUACCGUGACGAACGAUGGUGCAACUAUCCUCUCGCAAAUGGAGGUGGACCACCAGAUCGCGAAGCUGCUUGUGCAGCUCUCAAAAAGCCAGGACGAUGAGAUCGGCGACGGCACGACGGGUGUUGUCGUUCUCGCUGGUGCCCUCCUUGAGCAGAGUGAAGAGCUCCUUGACCGCGGCAUUCACCCUAUCCGGAUAGCAGACGGCUUCGACCGCGCAUGCAAGGUCGCGGUCGAGCAGCUAGACCACAUCUCCGACCGCGUUACAUUUUCCAAGGAGGACACCACGAACCUGCUGAAGACUGCUAUGACCAGUCUUGGCAGCAAAAUUGUGUCGAAGGAGCAUCGUCAAUUCGCCGAGAUCGCGGUAGAAGCUGUGAUGGCUGUAGCUGAUCUCGACCGCAAGGACGUGCCUUUCGACAUGAUCAAGGUCGACGGCAAAGUCGGCGGCUCGCUCGCGGACACGAAGCUCAUCCGCGGCGUGCUCAUCGACAAGGACAUGUCGCACCCACAAAUGCCGAGCAGCGUGCACGACGCGCGGCUCGCCAUCCUCACUUGCCCGUUCGAGCCGCCACGUCCCAAGACGAAGCACAAGCUCGAUAUCACCAGCGUGGAAGAGUACAACAAGCUGCGCGAAUAUGAAAAGGAGAAGUUCCAGGACAUGAUCAAGCGCGUCAAGGACACCGGCGCGAACCUUGUCAUCUGCCAAUGGGGCUUCGACGACGAGGCGAACCACUUGCUCAUGCAGAACGAUCUCCCUGCUGUGCGGUGGGUCGGUGGACCCGAGAUCGAGCUCAUUGCGAUUGCGACCAACGCUCGUAUCGUUCCUCGGUUCGAGGACCUCACGAAGGAGAAGCUUGGCCGUGCAGGUGUCGUGCGGGAAGUGACCUUCGGCACAACGCGUGACAAGAUGCUCGUCAUCGAGGAGUGCGCCAACGGCCGGACUGUUACCGUCUUCGUCCGCGGUUCCAACAAGAUGAUCGUGGACGAGGCCAAGCGGGCACUACACGACGCGAUUUGCGCGGUGCGCAACCUGGUCGUCGAUGACCGUGUCGUCUACGGUGGAGGUGCAGCGGACAUCAGCUGCUCGCUCGCAGUCGGCAAGGCCGCGGACGAGAUCCCGUCGAUCGAGCAGUACGCGAUGCGCGCAUUCGCGUCAGCGCUGGACGCGAUCCCGCUCGCGCUUGCGGAGAACAGCGGUCUCUCCCCCAUCGAGACGCUUGCGGAGGUGAAGAGCAGGCAGGUGCGCGAGGGCAAUCCCAUGCUUGGGAUUGACUGCUUGGGCAAGAGCGAGAAUGACAUGAAGAAGCAAAACGUGUAUGACCCCCUGAUCUCGAAGAGGCAGCAAUACCUGCUCGCGACGCAGCUCGUCCGUGCGGUAUUGAAGAUAGACGACGUGAUUACGGCCGGGGAGCUCGACGAGUAAUUCACCAAUAUCAAUGUAAACUAGACAGACGCAAUCCACGUGCAGCCCUCGAAAGAUGCGAGAGCACACCCG